AUGUCUCUUUCAGACGCAUACAACAGCGCGAAGCGUGCUAUUUCAUCCGCCCCGCCGAACAAUUCCUACCUUCGCUGGGAUGCGCCUGGCGUGGAGGCACCAAAGCCUAACGAGGCUGAGACGGCAAAGAAGAUUGGAGAGACGAUGAACCGGAUGCAACAGCACAACUUCGAUCAGCACAGGCAUGCUUAUCGGGCAACUCACGUCAAGACGCAGGGCAUCGUCAAGGGCAAGAUGACUGUGCUUCCGGAUUUGCCGGCACAUCUACAGCAAGGCCUUUUCAAGACCCCGGGGGAGACUUACGAUGUUGCAGCACGAUAUGCUAACGAGCCUGUCUUUCUUCAGGCCGACCAGGAACCUGGGCCUCGCGGUCUGGGAAUGCGAGUAUUUGGAGUGCAGGGAAAGAGGCUUCAAAGCGCUGACCCUGAGGCUAGUACCCAGGAUUUCUUCUUUAACAACGCUCCGUCUAUCGAACUGACCGACAUCGAUACCUGUCUUGAGAUCAUGCAACUGAGAGAGAAGUACUUUGAUAGUCCCUUGAAGCUGGCUGCAGCGACGAAACUAAGGACAGAUGCAAUCAAACAAAGCGCACCUGGUAUGCUUCCGAAUACCAACAUGAUCAGCCACUCGUUUUACACGCAAAGCGCGUUUAGAUUUGGGGAUUGGUAUGGCCACAUGGCGCUUUUUCCAGUGCUUGACGACAUGAAGAACCGAACCGAGAAAGUCAAGAGUGGUGACUCUCGAGAAGUGCUUCGAGACUGGCUGUCGGAAUACUUUGCCCAAAACGGCGCCAAGUAUGAGUUCAAAAUUCAGCUAGGUACCUCACCGGAUCAUCAUCCAACUGAAGACGGAUCAGUAGUGUGGGAUGAAGCUACCGCACCAUACCAGACGAUCGCGACAGUUGAGUUUCCACCGCAAGAUGCCCUGAGCGCCGAGCGACGAGUGUUCUGGGAGGACACAAUGAAGCUGAACCCAUGGGACGGUAUGGUUGAUCACCAGCCACUAGGCAGUAUCAAUCGCUUGAGGAAAACGGUGUAUGAGAUGAGCAGGAAGAAGCGCGAAGGUGCAAACGCCACGCCGACACAAGCAAUCAACAGUGUCGAUGAGGUGCCAUAA